GGAAGUUAAGCCCUGGACUUAACAUGACAACAGGUGUCCGAUGUUUAACCUUCUAAGAGGUUUAUGUCCAAUUAAGUCAAGACAGAGAUUACAACUGUUUGGAGUGAGAGAACAGCAAUCCGGUUCUGAUAGUGGAACAAUGGCUUUAAUUCUGAUUCAUUUGAAAUGACAAAUGAUUGGGAGGUCAAUUUAUCUCAAUAUUUCCCCACUGUCAUUGUUUUCAGAAGCCUGAACAUUUACUAAGAAACUACAUGUUGUUCAUGAGAGUCUAAAUAAUAUAACCCAAGGUCUACUAACUUUUCCACGAGCUUGCUGUUAGAGGUUUAAAGGUGCUGUAGAAAGCUCAUUUUCAGGUUCAUAGGUUUAUAUGUUACUGGUUACUUUAGCAGCUAACUACAGCUAACAGCAGCUGCUAAUUAGUUAGCUACUGAGUUAGCUGUGCAGCUAGCCGUCCUAUUGCCGAUUCUGCCCGGACUUCAAGCUUGGUGCUCCGGUGUUGUGUUGGUGUUUACACCUCUAACAUUAGUACAGAAGCUUUAGACCGCUGGUUCAGAGCUGGAACGUGGGCUGGUCUGUGUAACAUGGAGCGCUUUUUGAAUUAGCCCGUUUUUCGGGUUUUUUUUAGUUGCACGAGAUUUAAAUAUGAAAGAAGAAACAAUGGAGACUGAGGCUCACGGAACCAUAGUCUUCCCACUUCACCUCCUCAACAUUUUCAGGCUUCGUUGCAAACAAGCAGACGACACGUCGUUUCCAUGGAUAAAGCUCCGUGAUUCUUGCAGCAGCACAGAGCCGGCUGAGAGCUGAAUAUGCUGGGGAACUGGAGGAUCCCGUUUUUGCACAUGUGCAGCACCAGCCUCCUUCUGCUCUGGAUCCUCGUCGGCUUGAAUGUGGAGGAGGUGGCGGGGUCCCAGCAAGGGAUCCCUCUGUCAGUCGUAAAGCUCUGGGCCUCAGCAUUUGGUGGAGAAAUUAAAUCCAUUUCUGCAAAAUAUUCUGGAUCCCAACUACUGCAAAAGGAGCUGUGGGCUAUCACAGCGCCGCGUCCUGGAACCAACUCCAGUUCUGAGGCCAGUGCCUCGUCCAAGGGCAAUAGCAGGAUUAAUCCUAAAAACACCGCUGCAUGUCUUGGAGCAUGGGAGGAAAGCGGAACAACCAGAGGAAGUCCACGCAAACAUGGGGAGAGCGUUCAAACUGCAUAUAGAAAGCGGCUCCUGGGUCCAAACCUUGGACCUCCUUGCUCUGAGAAAUAUAAAGAAUUUGAAAAGUCAGUCAGAGUGGAAGAAAUUGAUGGCGUGAAACUGGUCAAAAACCUGGCUGUGAAGAUGGAGGAAGUGUUCAGGAAAAAAGCAGAGGCCACCAGGCGGCUCGUGGAGGCAGCAGAAGAAGCGCACCAUCAGCAUGAGGAUAAUCCCGACCUGCAGUAUGAGUACUUCAACGCCGUGCUGAUCAAUGAAGUGGACGAGAUGGGCAAUAAUGUGGAGCUGGGAGGAGAGUUCCUCCUGGAGCCCAACGACCAUUUCAAUAACCUGUCAGUCAACCUGAGCCUCAGUGUGGUGCAGGUGCCCACCAACAUGUACAACAAAGAUCCGGACAUAGUGAACGGAGUUUACUGGUCCGAGGCUCUCAAUAAAGUCUUUGUUGAUAAUUUUGAAAGAGACCCAACACUAAUCUGGCAGUACUUUGGGAGCGCCAAGGGUUUCUUCAGGCAGUACCCUGGAGUGAAGUGGCAUCCAGAUGAACAUGGUGUCAUUGGCUUUGACUGUAGAAACAGGAAGUGGUACAUUCAGGCAGCAACAUCUCCUAAGGAUGUUGUUAUCUUAGUCGACGUUAGUGGAAGCAUGAAAGGACUGAGGCUGACCAUUGCCAGACAGACUGUCUCCUCCAUAUUAGACACACUUGGAGAUGACGACUUCUUCAAUAUCAUUGCAUAUAAUCAGGAGAUCCACUAUGUGGAGCCUUGUUUGAAUGGUACGCUGGUCCGAGCCGACAGAACCAAUAAAGACCAUUUCCGUGAACAUCUGGACAAGCUGUUUGCAAAAGGGAUCGGACUGCUGGGUGAAGCUCUGGCUGAAGCGUUCACAAUCCUGAAUGAUUUUAAUCAAACUGGACGUGGCAGUGUGUGCAGCCAGGCCAUAAUGCUUGUGACCGAUGGGGCAACUGAAAUGUAUGAUGAUGUUUUUGAGAAGUACAAUUGGCCUGAAAGAAAGGUGCGAAUAUUCCCUUACCUGAUUGGACGAGAGUCUGCAUUUGCUGAUAACCUCAAAUGGAUGGCUUGUGCCAACAAAGGAUAUUUCAGUCAGAUCUCCACCUUAGCAGACGUUCAGGAGAACGUGAUGAGGUAUCUUCACGUCAUGAGCCGCCCGAAGGUCAUUGACCACGAGCACGACACAGUGUGGACCGAAGCUUACGUGGACAGUGCUCUCUCCCAGGCUCAUAAGUUGAAAGAAAAAGCAGGCCCAAGUCUGAUGACUACCGUCGCCAUGCCUGUCUUCAGCACAAAGAAUGAAACGAAGAACCAGGGUAUUCUGUUGGGGGUCGUAGGAACAGACAUCCCUCUGCAGGAGCUGAUGAAGCUCAUCCCGAAGCAUAUGUUAGGAAUCCAUGGAUACGCAUUUGCUAUCACAAACAAUGGCUACAUCCUGACACACCCGGACCUCAGACCUUUGUAUCAGGAUGGUCAGAAGAGGAGGAAGCCCAACUAUAGCAGCGUGGAUCUAUCUGAGGUGGAGUGGGAAGACAAAGAUGAUAUUCUACGCAAUGCUAUGGUGAACAGGAGGACAGGGACUUUCUCUAUGGAGGCGAAGAAGACAGUGGAUAGAGGGAGGCGUGUCCUGAAGAUGCACAAUGACUAUUUUUAUACUGACAUCAAAGGAACACCAUUUAGUGUCGGAGUGGCUCUCUCCAGAGGUCAUGGAAAGUACUUCUUCAGAGGAAAUGUAUCAGUUGAAGCCGGGCUCCGUGAUCUGGAACAGCCAGAUGUCGCACUGGCAGAUGAAUGGACUUACUGCAACACAGAGGAGCAGCACGAGCACCGUCACCUGACCCAGAUUCAAGCCAUCAAGCUCUUCAUGACAGGCCGCAGACCACACCUCAAGUGUGACAGAGAGCUGAUUCAGGAGGUGUUGUUUGAUGCUGUGGUCACUGCUCCACUGGAGGCCUACUGGACCGGACUGGCACUCAACAAGUCAGAGAACUCAGACAAAGGAGUGGAGAUUGCCUUCCUGGGUACACGAACCGGCCUGUCGAGAACCAACCAGUUUGUCCCCUCCGAUCAGCUCUCCAAUCAAGAUUUUCUAACAGCAGAGGACAAGGAGGGUGUGUUUACUGCUGAUCACUUCCCUCUGUGGUACAAGAGAGCGGCGGAGCAGGUCCCUGGCACGUUUGUCUACUCCAUCCCCUUCAGCACAGCUUUAGAAAAUAAGAGUGUGGUUUUGGCGAGCACAGCAAUUCAGCUCCUCGAUGACAGAAAGUCUCCAAUCGUUGCUGCUGUAGGGAUCCAGAUGAAGCUCGAGUUCUUUCAGAGGAAGUUCUGGACUGCCUGCAGACAGUGUACAGCUCUGGAUGGAAAAUGCAGCAUUAGCUGUGAUAACGAGGACAUUAACUGUUAUCUCAUUGACAACAAUGGUUUCAUUCUUGUCACAGAGGAGCAAUCUCAGACAGGGCUCUUCUUUGGAGAGGUGGAAGGUGCUGUUAUGAACAAACUUCUCCAGAUGGGUUCCUUCAAAAGGAUCACACUGUAUGACUAUCAGGCCCUUUGCAAAGAGUAUGCUGGGAGCAGCGACAGUGCGCGCACUUUGGCAGACCCCUUCUCUGUCAUUAAGUGGCUCCUGACUGAGCUUGUAAUUUUUUUGCUAGAAUUUAACCUUUACAGCUGGUGGAAUAUCGAUCUAUCUGUUAAAGCUCAGAGAUCUCGGGGGAAAACAAUGAUGGUGCCAUGUGAUACCGAAUACCCUGCGUUUGUCUCUGAACGCACCAUCAAAGAAACAACAGGCAACAUUGACUGUGAUGGCUGUAUGAGGUCUUUUGUCAUACAGCAGAUUCCCAGCAGCAACCUCUUCAUGGUUGUUGUGGAAAAUAAGUGUGACUGCAGCAGUGCGCCUCCAGUAACCAUGGAUCCAAUCGAGAUCAUGUAUAUCCUUUCUAGAUGAAACACAGAUGUUUGACAUGUGGAAACUUUUUCUGAAAGCAUUUUCAUUUCAGCUCAUGAUUAGUUAGAUCAUAAGAAUAUUUAUGAGUUACUGAGUUUGAGAAUUAUUUUAUUUCCUCUUAAUAUGUGUGUUUGAUCCACUUAAAUGUUUCGUUUCGCAUCAGGCUAAAUGACCUGUGUGUAUGUUGGUGAAGCUCUGCAGUUCUGUUCAUUCAUUUACGCCCUUGACGCCUCUGAACACAACGAGUCACUAAAAUGUGACAGACUGAAGUUUCAGAAGGACAGAAAGAAGCCUGAAUCAUGUCAUCCUUUCCACCCUGAGGAAAAUGCCAUGGAAUGUGGUUCGGCAACACGCCUGUCCAGUCCUCUAACAGCAGCUCUGCUCCCUAUGAUAGCAGCAACCAUCAGCAGGUGACCAUUAGCAGCAGGACAUCAGUAAGGACUAAAUCAACAAGAAGAUGCAUACGAACACACAGAGAACAUUGCCAAUCAGAAGUGAAUUUGCUCAUACCUCUGCAAAAGGCAGCGCUCUACUAAGAAUAAAUCUUUAUCUGUAGCACUGAGACUCACAUCCAUUAUUGCAGAAAACACAGAUGAUGUGAUGCAGCAAAAGAAAGUGAGAAUAAUGGGAGUGCUUGGUGACUUUGAGUAUUGCAGAUCACGCCACUGACUGUUUGCCAUAUUGUCAUGAAUGUGUGCUGAAAUUAAAUAAGAGAGAGAAAUAUAGUAUGUCAACAGUAAAAACAAAUGCCUAGAAGUACAGGUGUUUCUUGUCCAAGUAUAAAAUGUAAAACAAAGGAUGAUAGUAGGACAUCAGAUAUAUAUUGAGUUUGUUUUGUGUAUUGUGAGGGGGAAAAUUAAGGCUAAUGUAAAAGCCUGCAGAAUGUAAAAUGCACUUUUGUCAUGUGAAAAGAACGUAGAACGGUCUCUAUUUUUGGCAGUAAAUUGUUUAAAAAAAAACUUAACUGUGCCAUCAUCAUACAUUUAUUUUGUAGCAUAAUUCUCUUUAAUGUCAGUAAUAAUAUGGAUCAUGUAAAAUACAUGAGAGACAAUGGACAAUUUGAACUUGUUUUAUUCUGCCAGUUUCUCCUUGUUUUAAAGCAGAAGACAUUUCAGACAAAAGAUGCAUGAAGAAGAAGAAGAUCACAGAUUGUUAUAUUGAUAUAUCCAGCCAUAAUUUGUCAAAGUGACCACAUACCCUUCACCACAUGUUUGAGAAAGCUGAUGAAUAAAUACAAAGAAAUAUUUUCCUUCCUUCAUUUA